GCCGUUCACGUCUGUUUAUGAAUGCCUGACAGAUAAAAAUAGGUUAGUUCGACGCUGCCUCGCGUGCGCGAGUGGUGCAUCGUUUAUAAACGCAAAAUAAAAUGUACAUACGUUUAAAUUGAGCGAAAUAUGACUUCAGAUAUGAGUAGCUCGUGCUUGGAAACCCAUCAAUGGAAUUCGAAAAUCUUUCAGUAUUAUUACUUCAUUAUUAUCCAGAGUAUUUAAAGCAAUGCUGCGACUUGAUAAACGAAGAAUGGCCGCGCAGCGAAACAGCCAGAAUGAUGUCUUUGCAAGCGUCGUGUGAUGCUUUACCGACAAGUUUUAUUAUAGUUGACGACAAAAAACUUGUCAUAGGCCAUUGCAAACUGACUCCAAUCCCUAGUAUCCCGGAGAGUUGUUUCGUAGAAACUGUAGUAAUAAAAAAAAAUCUCCGAGGCAAAAGAUUGGGCAGUUACCUAAUGAGGUAUAUUGAAGAUUAUUGUAAAAACGUAUUGCAUCUAAAAAUGAUCCAUUUAUCAACAAAAGGACAGGAGGAUUUUUAUGCUAAACUUGGUUAUACAGUUUGCAAGCCAGUAUCUAUUUAUGGUACGUAUGUGCCAAAUAAUUUUAUACCGGAGUCUCAUAGUCAUAAGACUGACAAUUCAGUGCCACAGGAGAAUACUCCCAGUACAGGAGCGCCGCCUCCACCGCCCCCACCGAUGCCGAAAACUGGUUUGAAUAGCAACAUUAAUAGCAAUAUUAAAAGUAAUAAGACUUUUAUGUAUAAGGAUUUAAUUUGGUAAUAAAAGUUUUUUUUUCUAUUUUAGUAAAAA